AUGCAGUACCUCAACUCAUACAACAGCUCGCUCACCGCUCCUGACUCUACUGAGAACCUGAUUGGCAGUAUUGUGGGGGCAGUUUGCUUCAUACUGGGAGUCCCUGGUAAUAUUGCUGUAAUGGUGCGUCUAUGUGGAUGGCUGAAGAGAGGCAGUUUCACCCCGAGACUGAUGCUAAGCCUGGCCAUAUCAGAUCUACUCACUCUGAUUUCUCUGCCCAUUUGGAUUUGGGCUCUUCUGCAUGGCUGGGUGUUUGGCUUGGUCUUGUGUAAGCUUCUCUCUUACAUCACUUUGUUAAGCUUCUUCUGCAGCAUACUGUGUGUGGUGUUGAUGAGCCUGCAGCGAUACAUCCAAGUGCUGCAUCCUGAGAAAUGGAAGAAGCUUGGCAGAAAAGGAGAGAAGAUCCUUUUGAGUGGGAUGUGGAUGUUAAGUGCAGUUUUAUCAUGCUAUGCUCUCAUACUAAGCGAUCUAAGCCCGGACAGAGGAGGACGACUUCAGUGCACGCUAAUAUAUCAGAAUAAGGCUGAAAGAGUGCUUACAUUAAUCUGGCAGAUUAUAAUAUUUGUGGCUUCAUCUACCAUUGUAUCUUAUUUCUACUUUCACCUUCACAGAGGAGUUAAUAACUCAGCUUUCUUUAGCAGUAACUCAUUGACCAAGGUGGUGACCAGAAUUGUGGUGUGUUUUUUAAUUUUUUGGUUCCCGAAUCAAAUCUCUGACAUUGUGAUCAUCAUUGCUACAUUGACUGGAAAUGACAGUCUGUUAAGAUCUGCAGAAUCUGGAGGGAAUGUUACUACAGCUCUGGUUUUUUUUAACAGUUGUGUGAACCCCUUCCUGUACGCUUUCUCUGCUCUGGCUCGACAACAGGGAACAGCUGGAACAAAUGAUCAUUAGUUUCUUGGAGAUAUAGAGGUUUGAGAGAAGAUGAACUUUUCUAACAGAACUUAUCACAGACGUUUUUUCUGUCAGUCUAUUUUUAUAGUGCUUUUGUGCCGUCUAAUUCUUUUUUAUAACACUUAGGAUGUAUCCUAAGUCUGUAACCUAGUGAACGAGUGUUAAUGUAUUCAUUGCUAGAGACUUCAAAGCACUUUUGUACAUUGCUCAGGAUAAGUGCAUCUGCCAAAUGUUGUGAAUGUAAAAUUUGAAAGUAACAAAUGUUAAUCAGUCAAAAAUGUGUGCAUCAAUAUUAGCAACAUUAAUUAUAAGAAUAGUUUUGUGUUUGUUAGAUAUAUUGUGUCUCUGCUUUACAUUGCUGAUUUUAUAUAUAGUUUUGGUUGAAACUAAAAGCUGUUUUCUGAACUUAAAAACACUUACAUUUCGAGCUAUAAACCAAAAUAAAGUUUUCUGAUUUUUAAAAAUGCUACUUCUGCUUGCACAGUUGUGAGACAACAUGACAGGAACUUGCAGCACAUUUACUGAGAGUUGUAACAUAUUUUGUUUGACCAGCAAUUUGCUUCAGAGAAAUUUCAGACUGUUAAAAGUAGAAAUAGAUGCCAAUAUGGAGGCAGAAAACACACACACACACACACACACAC